GGAGUUGAUGAAAACCUAUAUUCUGAGGAUCUUUAUAUAGAUCCCAAAGUUCUAGUAGACAAUACUGUUAAUAAUCAGGAAGUUAAUAAUAUUAAGAACCUUAAUAACCAAGAGGUUCCAAAUUAUGUUAAGAGUCUUGAUUCAGAGGAAGAUGAAUUAGAUCAUUUUAAAAUUCCUGCUGAGAUUCCAAAGGAUGAAUAUGAUUUCUUAAAUUUUUCUGACUGA